AUGGCGUUGGAUUACAAAACAGAUUGUGACAGUUUGGAGGAGUUGGAUGACAUAUCGGAUAUUGGAAGUGACGUUGAGUUCCAAAUCGCAUCAAUGGCGCGGAGAAAACGGGUUGCAUCUGCCCCUGGAGUUGUGCCACCCAAGAGACCAAGGCGUGAAACUGCAGUGGGGCCAACACCUAACACCAGCUGUAGCCCCAUCCCCAGUCCUCCAUGCAGCUCUACUCAGUCGCAGCAGCCAUCCCUUGGGACAUCCAGGCGGGCCUCCCUUCGGGCUGUGCCAAGGAAUAAGGGGAACCAGGGUAUUACUGCAGGGGAGAUCUACGAAGCUAUCUGCAGUGGAAAGAGUGCCAUAGUGGCGGUGGUGGAUGAGUGGCUGGAGAGCUACAAGGAAGGCCAAGAGGAGGGGCUCCUGGUGCUCAUCAACUUAAUCGUUCGGUGCUGUGGAUGCAAAGGAGUGGUGAGCCGAGAGAUGUUUGACACAAUGCAGAACGUUGAGGUCAUCAGCAUGCUGACCAAAGAGUUUGAUGAGGACUCCGUGAACUACCCACUGUGCUCUCCGGGUCACCAGUGGAAGCGUUUUAAGGCCAGCCUAUGUGAGUUUGUGCAGGUUCUGGUACGCUCUUGUCAAAACGGCGUGCUCCAUGACGAGUAUCUCUUCUCCUCCCUGCUGGCCCUGCUCAUUGGGCUGUCUGACUCCCAAGUCAGAGCCUUCAGGCACACCAGCACCCUGCUUGCCAUGAAGCUGAUGACUGGGUUAAUGAAGGUAUCAGUGGUGGUGUAUGCCCAGCUGCAGACUAGUCAGAGGCGAUACAACAUAGAGAGCAGCAAGAGUGCUCAGGACAGAGCCACUGUGAUGCUGGAGGAUCUGCAGGCCAUGAUCACCGAGCUGCAGGAGAACAAAGAAGAGCUGAGCUCCUUAACCAAUGGCACUUUCCGUGGCGUGUUUGUGCAUCGGUAUCGGGACAGUGUGGCAGAGAUCCGAGCAGCGUGUAUCGAGGAACUGGGUGUCUGGCUCAGAGAAGACCCAGAGGAGUUCCUCAAUGACCAGUAUCUCAAGUACCUGGGGUGGAUGCUACAUGAUAAACAAAGUUCAGUGCGUCUGCAGUGUGUGCAUGCCCUGCAGGGUUUGUACCAGAAGAGGGACUUCAUUGGGCGCCUAGAGCUCUUCUUCAGCAGAUUCAAAGGGAGGAUACUGGCUAUGGUUCUUGACAAGGAUCCAGACGUAGCAGUGGAAGUCAUCCAUUUGUUGCUGCUCAUUCAACAGUAUGAUAGAGAAGAGGAGUGUCUGAGUGAAGAGGAGUGCUCUAACAUCUACCCUCUAGUGUUUGUCUCACACCAUGGGCUGGCUUCUGCUGCUGGUGCUUUCUUCUACAGCAAGCUAAAAUCUAUGAUGGCCAGUGAAUACCAGGAACUAGUCACAGGUGGCAAUAAGGCAGCCUUCAUCAAUAUGCUGAUCUCCUUUUAUAUCCAGUGUCAGUUUCAUGAUCAUGGAGCAUACCUGGUGGACAGUCUAUGGGGGGUGGCAGGCUCCGAGCUUAGGGAUUGGGAGACUAUGACGUCACUCCUGCUGCAUGAGAGUGAGGAGAAACAAGGGUUGAUUUAUGAAGAGGAGGGUGUUCUAAUAGAGCUGAUGAUGUGUGCCAUCAGACAGGCAGCAGAGGCAAACCUGCCUGUUGGGAGAGCUCACGGCAAAAGGAUCCUGAGUACAAAGGAUAAGAAGACCCAGGCACAAGACAGGAGACGCAUCACCACCCAUUUCAUCCCCUUGCUACCACAGCUAUUAGCCAAGUACUCUGCAGAUGUAGAGAAGGUUUGCUUACUUUUGAAGGCUCCCCUCUACUUUGAUCUGGAAACGUACAGCAGCAGUAGACGACUGGAGAAGUAUCUGGACCUUCUGUUGUCCCAGAUUUGCAGCAUUGUGGAGAAACACACAGAGGCCAGCGUGCUGGAGGCCUGCACCCGCCUGGCUUGUGCCCUGUGCUCCAAUAGCUUUACCUUCUCCGCCCGUGCCCAACGGGCAUUUGGACAGCUGUUGGACUGCUUGACCGAGUGCUUCACUACCCACUUUAAUGAUGUGCUGCAGGGUACUGCUGAUGAAGAUGAAAUGUACAGUGCAGCCACUGCUUUUAAAAGGAUUGCAGCUUUUAGCAGUGCCAAGGACCUGACAAGCUUGGAGUUGUUUGACCCCUGCCUUCAGCUGCUGAAGAGAGGUGUGAAGUCCAGAGACUUUGACAAAGAGUUCAUGGUGCCUGCCUUGAAGUGUGCUGCCUUCCACCUGAUCUGGGCAAGGGCAAAUGUGACCAACUCUACAUUUACUGAGGUUCAGCUAAAGCGUCUGAAGAAGGAAAUGCAUUCGUUCUGCAGUGUGUGUAAGCAUUGUCUGUCUCUGGGCCAGGCUGAGAUUAGAGACCAGGCAUUUGAGCUUUUGUGUGACUUGCUGCUACUGUACAGCACAGGUUCAGUUCGUUCUGAGCCUUCCCUCCGUUUGCUGGCCAGCCUGCCCUCUGAUUCUCUGCGCUCUGAGUUGGCUGCCUUUCUCCUGGACUUCAUCUUCACUGACCCUGAGGAUGACGAGCUCACUGCCGACAAGCCUCGCAUCAAACACAGCUACAUCCACACCAGCAAUCAGGAGUAUGGAGAGUGCAGUGGAAGCAGCCAGUGGAGUAACAGCUCCCGUCUACCAGCCUCUCGUCACCGAUGGCUGGAAAAUGUGGAGGUGGCUAAGCGUGCUCUUCAGAUUUUGCCCUCUCUGAAAACAUACAUCAGUGCUGCCAAAUCAAAAAAGGUUACAGAACCGUGCACAAAGUCUUUCAAGAAAACUGAGAUAAUUGUGCACGACGACCUCUUCCCAGCAAAACUCAACUUCUUUCUAAUGGUUGCCAGGGAAAUCACACCAUUUUUGAAGCUAUACCAAACUGACAAACCCAUGCUGCCAUUUAUGUGCAAUGAUCUCACAACUAUGCUGAAAAGUCUAAUGGAGAGGUUUGUCAAGUCGAGUGUGAUGAAGAAUGCAACUAACCCUGUAAAGCUUCUCAAAGUGGACCAUGAGGACACAGAUAACCACAUGGAUGUGACCAAACUGAAAGUUGGAUUUGCUACAGAGCGAGCCUUUGAGGAACAUGUGAAGAACUCUGGAGCGGAGAGGCUCAGGCUUGAGUUCAGGCAGAGCUGUGCAAGGCAGGAGGAAGAAGAGGAAAAGAUGAAGAUAGCUGCUCUUCAAAGGAAGCGAAUCCAGCUGGCCGGCUACUGUAAACUGGUCAUCCACGGAGUACUGGACCUCAGUUCUGCCACUGACCUGUUCAAACACUACAGCAAGUUCUACAAAGAAUUUGGUGACAUCAUCAAAGAGACUCUAAGCAAGAGCAAGCUUAUCAGCCCAGUGCAGAGCGCCAAGACGAUCUGUCUGACUCUGCAGCAGCUUUUCUCUGAGAGGAUUUCAAAUAACAGCAGUGGCCAGGAUCUUGGUGAGAUCAGAGACUUGGCUAAGAAGCUGGCUAUGAGCUUUGGUAUAGAUUUGCACCGUGUCCGCAAACCACUGGUGUCUCUACACAGAGAUGGUAUAGACUUUGCAUUCCGGAACUCAGAACAAGGAAGACUGCAUCCCCCCAACCUGGCCUUCCUGGAAAUCCUAAGCGAGUUCAGCUUCAAACUCCUCCAUCAGGACCGCAUCCAGCUUUCUGAAUUCCUGAAAGCAGAGUACCCCAUUGCUGCCUUCUCCUGGCCAUUAGUCAGAAUGUACAAGUGCUCUUUGGAGUACAUCUCCUUGUCCAAGACUGGCGAGGAGGCAGGGAGAGAAGAGAAGAAUGGCACAGCCAAACGCAAGAAGACCCAGGGCUCAGUGUCCAGCGACAGCAGCGAAUCCUGGUUGGACAGUAGCAGUAUUAGGAACCUGUCAACCCCACCCCUCACCUCCACUGCCGUGCGAGGGCAAAAGAGGCCGCCGCCCCACACACAACCUGGACCCACCCGCUUUGACAAAGGCAGCUUUCUUUAUGAGUCUGAAGAUGAGUUUUCCAACAGGCUGUGUCUGAUUGAGGAAGAUGAUGCAGAAGGACAAGAAGAGGAAGAGGCUGAGAUUGAAGAAUUUGAGAGGGAUUCUGACCAAGAUAGCGCUUAUACAUUGCCCUCCACACGCCACACCUCGAUCAGUCAACUUGAGGACUUUUCUCAGUGA